AACAAAAAAACAAAAAAACGAAAAAAAAAUCAAAAACCAAAAAAACAAAAAAGACUAAAUAAAUUAGAAAAUCCUAGAAACGAACCGGUGGGCAUGUAUUCACCUACUCGGUUCUGCCUACUCUUUCCAUUGUGUUCCAUCGGCAUCUCCGUCUCUGUCUAUGUCUCUUUACCUCUCGCAAUCUGUCUGAGGAAAAUCUCAUUCAACAAAUGGCAGCAAUGUCAGGGAAGAUUGUCCAAAAUGUUUUUGUGUCACCAUGGUACCAAACAAAUAGGCAGUUUGGCACCCAAGUCCGAAGUGACUAUUUUGCCCCUUGUGUGGGCAACUCACUUCCCUUUCAAGGAGGGAAGUUAGCAUGGCCUGCCGUCGCUUCCAUGCACUUGCGCAACUUAUCAAAAUACCAGAGUGGUUUUCCUAACCGAGGAACUGUUCACUGCAAUGUUGCUUCAUCUACCACUGUGUUGCCAUCUCUUGACAAAGUUGAUUUUCUGAAGCUUCAAAAUGGCAGUGAUAUUCGAGGUGUUGCUGUUGCUGGUGUUGAGGGUGAGCCAGUCAAUCUCACUGAACCAGUUGCAGAAGCAAUAGCAGCUGCCUUUGCUGCAUGGUUGGUUGAAAACAAGAAAGCUGAUGCCUCUCAACGAUUGAAAGUUUCUGUUGGCCAUGAUUCCCGAAUAUCGGCACAAACAUUACAGGAUGCAAUAUCUCGAGGAAUAGCCGGCUCAGGCCUAGAUGUUGUUCAAUAUGGAUUAGCAUCUACACCAGCAAUGUUUAAUAGCACGCUAACUGAAGAUGAUGUAUUUUUAUGUCCAGUUGAUGGGUCCAUUAUGAUAACAGCUAGUCAUCUUCCUUACAACAGGAAUGGAUUCAAAUUUUUCACUAAUGAUGGAGGGCUUGGGAAAGCUGAUAUUAAAGACAUCCUGGAGCGUGCUGCAGAUAUUUACAAUAAGUUUACAGCCGAAGGAUUGGGGACUUCCAAAGGAAAAUUUUCUGGAUCGAUACAGAAAGCUGAUUAUAUGUCUGUAUAUACAUCUGAUCUUGUAAAGGCAGUUCGGAAAGCUGCAGGAAAUAUAGAGAAGCCACUGGAAGGGUUCCAUAUCGUUGUUGAUGCAGGGAAUGGAGCUGGAGGGUUUUUUGCAGCUAAGGUGCUUGAGCCUCUUGGGGCAGUUACAAUUGGUAGUCAAUUUUUGGAGCCAGAUGGCCUGUUUCCGAAUCAUAUACCCAAUCCAGAGGAUAAGACAGCAAUGAAAGCUAUCACUAAGGCAGUCCUUGACAAUAAAGCUGAUCUGGGAAUCAUCUUUGAUACUGAUGUUGACAGAUCUGCUGCUGUGGAUUCCACUGGCCACGAAUUCAAUCGGAAUCGUCUGAUUGCCUUAAUGUCUGCUAUUGUUCUCGAGGAGCAUCCAGGAACAACUAUUGUUACGGACAGUGUGACUUCAGAUGGUCUGACCACAUUUAUCGAGAAGAAACUUGGGGGGAAGCACCAUCGGUUCAAAAGAGGCUAUAAAAAUGUCAUUGAUGAAGCUAUUCGUUUGAAUUCCAUUGGUGAGGAGUCACAUCUGGCUAUUGAAACUAGUGGUCAUGGAGCUCUCAAGGAGAAUAACUGGCUUGAUGACGGUGCAUACCUCAUGGUCAAAAUCCUAAAUAAACUUGCUUCAGCAAGAGCUUCAGGACUGGGUAGUGGCAGCAAAGUUUUGACUGAUUUAGUAGAAGGUCUGGAGGAACCAGCUGUUGCUAUCGAACUGAGGUUAAAGAUCAAUCAAAAUGAUCCAGAUCUUAAAGGAGGAUCUUUCCGAGACUAUGGAGAAGCAGUGUUGAAACACUUGGAGAACUCUAUGGAUUCAGAUCCAAAACUGCAAAAAGCCCCUGUGAAUUACGAAGGGGUCCGAGUUUCUGGUUUUGGUGGGUGGUUUCUUCUUAGACUUUCACUUCAUGAUCCUGUACUUCCCCUUAAUAUUGAGGCACCAAGAAAUGAUGAUGCUGUGAAACUUGGACUUGCGGUUCUGGCUGCUGUGAAGGAGUUCUCGGCUUUGGAUACGUCUGCUUUAGACAAGUUUGUUCAAGCAUCAUAAUUUAGGACCUUUUAAAGCUUCCUUCCUGUCAAUUUCUAUGGCAACUCCAUGCUGCAAAAGUGAGUUCCUUGUCUUGGUGAUGUUGUUCUGCAACAUGGCUGGAGCUAUAACUAGAAAAUGGCAUACUUGUCUACCAGUGAUACCUGGUACAACCACACAAAGUUUUCCCAAAUUUAAAGGGUUAGAGACUUAGGGGUUAUCUUGAAUAAUGUAAAAGUUAAAUGGAUCUUUCUGUUGUGAGAACAUUUUAUCAUCUAUGGUAAAUUCAAAUUUUAUUUUUGUACUA